CAAUCCUGCAAUCAGCCGCCAAUCGGAGCGUCCAAUGACAACACCACCUCCUCCUCCUCGGCAAAAUCGAAUCCCCAGAUCUCGGCUCGUUCAAGCACGGAGGGGAAGCCGGAGAAGCCUUUGAGGGAAGCGUGGUCUCGAGUGACAGAGCAGUUGCCUUGAGCGUCAUAGCCGCCAACGAAGAUCGAUGCGGAGAGGAUUUGCUUAUGGGAAUAGAUGUUCUUCCUGGAGCGGCAGUUUUCGGUUUUUUUGCAGAUUUGAGAGUGGUAGUGGCAAUUUUCGCAGCUCUGGGGAAAGGAGACGAGUGGAUCCGCCGCGGAAUCGAUCGCUGGAGCCAAACAGAUAGCGGAUCCAGCUUGCGCGUUCAAAUCCUGCUCCGUGAACACGGCCUCGCUCAGCGCCUUGAGGAAGGCGGAGGAGAACGACGACCUGGUGACCUUAGAGAAGAGGGAGGAGAUGGGGGCGACGCACUCCGAGCAGCUGGAGGAGUCGAGGUCCCGGAAGCGGCGGGUGACAUAGGAGGAUCUUGGGCAGGAAAGAGCCUCAGACAGGAUUCCCCUUUGUUUUCCACGAGUGGUACAGGCUCUGUUUCUGCAUUAAAACCACUGGCGACCGGUGGCCGUCCGGUGAAGCCGCCUGCAGGAGGAGGAAAAAGAUAGUAAUUUCCUGGGACAGCUAAACAAAGUCCAAAAAGCGGCAAAAAGACAGGACAGGACCAGAUCAAGACGAAGACCAAGCAGCCACAAAAACUUCCUUUUCCCCCACCCCGGCUCGGAUCCUGACCGUCGCCGCCGAGCCCUAGUUUCCUCUUCCCCGCUACCGAUUUUCCUCUCUUCUCUCCAUGUCAUCGUCAUCCAGCAGCAGCAGGUCACUCCGAUCCUCCAUCUCGCCGUUCCGUUCCCGCAAGUCUCCUGCUCAGCGUUUCUCCUCGCCGGCUCCGGGGUUGAAGCAUGGUGGAAGGCCUUCAACUCCUCAAUCAGUUACUUCUUCUUCGUCCAGGCCCCCCUCGAGGUUGUCCAGCUCCACGGCCGGUCCCAGUUCAUCUCCCGCCGGUCAGACUCCCGACCGGCUUGAUGCUAAUAAGUCCAGGGAAAAUGUGGCGGUCACGGUUAGGUUUCGGCCUCUCAGUGCUAGCCUGCUAGGGAGCCUGAUAGAGUCUUUGGUCCAACGGCAACAACUCGUCAUGUAUAUGAUGUUGGUGCUCGGGAGGUUGUUAGUAGUGCAAUGCAGGGUACAAUUUUUGCUUAUGGAGUUACUAGGAGCGGAAAGACUCAUACAAUGCACCCAAGAAUUGCUUAAACAACUUCACAAGGAAGACGUGCUUAGAUCUUGGUUCUGGCAACGCUAUGGCACCUGCACCAUCUCCAUUGAGAGAAUCGACUACAACUAUUUCAAGCUGUCCUCCAAUAACAUCACCUCCAAUAACAACGAAGUUAACCCUGCAAAAGAAGGCACCCUGGUUACCAUGUCAUUAACCAACAUCCUCGCAGUUAGUAACUCAACAGUGAGCAAUCCACCUCCAGGAUUGCAACGCUAUGACACCUGCACCACCUCCAUUGAGAGAAUCGACUGCAACCAUUUCAAGCUGUCCUCCAAUAGCACCACCUCCAAUAGCUGCAUGUCCCUAUCUUGGAUUAACUUCGUUGUUAUUGGAUGUGGUGCUAUCGGAGGACAGUUUGAAAUGGUUGCAGUCGAUUCUCUCAAUGGAGGUGGUGCAGGUGGUGAUAUUGGAGAAGAACUUGAAAUGGUUGCAGUCGAUUCUCUCAAUGGAGGUGGUGCAGGUGCCAUAGCGUUGCCUAAACCAAGAUAUGAGCAAGUCUUCGUUGUGAAGUUGUUUAAUAAAUUCUUGGCUGAAAACGACUUUCAUGCUCACAAUCACAAUCCUGGCGGUGGAUUGCUCCCUACUUAUUUACUAACUGGGAGGAUGCUGGUUAAUGACAUGAUUAGGGUUGCUGCACGGGCCGUUUACGAUCCGUUUGGAUUUAGAAGCUGGUCCCUCUCUUGGAUUAAUUUUGUUGUUAUUGGAGGUGGUUCAAUUGGAGGACACCUUGAAAUGGUUGCAGUAGAUUCUCUCAAUGGAGGUGGUGUAGGUGCCAUAGCGUUGCCUGAACCAAGAUCUGAGCACGUCUUCGUUGUGAAAUUGUUUAAGCAAUUCUUGGUUGAAAAAGACUUUCAUACUCACAAUCCUGGCGGUGGAUUGGUCCCUGCUGAUUUACUGACUGUGAGGAUGUUGGUUAAUGACAUGGUAACCAUGAUGCCUUUGUUUGCAGGGGUUAACCUAGACCCACUGAUUAGGGCUGCUGCAUGGGCCGUUUAUGGUCCGUUAGGCUUUAGCAGAGGUCCCUCUCUUGGAUUAACUUCGUUGUUAUUGGAGGACAACUUGAAAUGGUUGUAGUCGAUUCUCUCAAUGAAGGUAGUGUUGGUGAUGCGGCUCAAUGGUGGCAAGUAACAAUGUUUUGGAGUUCAAGAAUUAUCUGUGACUUUUAGUCUUUGCUUCAUGAGUUUGAUGAUACAUUUUUUGUUUAAGACGUCAAUUUAGUGAUGUUUUUAUGGAAUUGGAAGAUCUCUUGAAGAAUGCGGUUGCAAAUUAGCGUUGUUUUGGAGUUGAAGAAUUAUCUGUGACUUUCUGAGUCUUUGCUUCAUAAGUUUGAUCAGACUUUUUUUGUGUAGCUUCCUCAGUUUGGUAUUUUUUGUAUUGAAUUAGGAAGAUCCAUCUACGAAUGCGGUGUGUUUUGCUUCAUUAUUUCGUAUAGGGAGUAUUCAAAGGUAAGAUAGACAUACUAAUGCCUGA